CAGUAAUUGAUUGGUUUUGAUCGCGAUAACAUGGUCAUUUCUUUUACCAAUCGAACUCAAUUUUACGUCUCAUUAUAAGUUUUUGUUAUUUAUUUUUUGCGAUUUAAUACCGAAAAAUUGAUUUUCAUUUAUUUUAGCAGAAAAUUAAAAUUUUUUUUUAGAUCGAGUUUAAUCGGUUUUUCGUUUGAUUUUGUUCCAAUUUAACGUUUCAGCCACCAAACCAAUUGAACGACGGUUGAAUUGUCAAUACGGUGACAUUUAUACAACGCACAACGCACAACCACAACAACAAUAAUAAUUCAAAAAAUCAAGAAUUACAAAUUGAUUGAAAGAGCGAAAAAAAAUGUGUUUUAAUCUAAUUGAUGGUGACGAGUUUACUUGUGAUUGUUUUGAUUAAGUGACUUACAAAUCUAAUUUCCAAUUAAAAAUGCAUUUAUUUUGUGAAAAGACUACAUAUCGAACGGUGUCAAUAAAACAAAUUGAUUUUCAUCGAAAAUUCGCAUACAUUUGAUGUGCAUCAAAUAUGAAACGGCAACAUCAACAUCAUCAAACAUAAACGACAGAAUGCAAUUUUUGUUCCGAAUCUGUUCCAACGAAUUUAAACGACAAAGAAUUAUCUUUUGAAGCGUUAAAUUAAUUUAACCGCAACCGCAAUCACGUAAUCACGUGCCGAAUUUCAAAACAAGAUAUUAUUUAUAAUAAUAAUAAUAAAGUCAUAUCGAUAAAUGAUUGCCGUCUUACCAGAACUUAAUUGUUAAUUGUUUUUCUCAUAGUGAUAUUUCAAUAUGGACAUUAUUGGUUAAUGUGUGUGUAUAUAUUUUCUAAUGCGGUUAAAUUCAGUAUUUAUUCUAUGGCAUGUGAAUGUGAUAUGAAUUAUUUUUAAUUAUUUUCGGUUUUAAUAUUAAAAUUGUUGAUUUGAUAUUUAAAAAAAAAAAAUUCUUUGAAUUCUGACAACGACCUCCCGACGGCUUGAUAAAAAUGACACCAAGACAGUGGCUGGCAUUGUUCUUUUUCUAUAUUUCAUAUUUACUAUUUGGGGCCAGUGUCUUCUAUCACAUUGAACACGAAGAGGAACUUAAACAUUUCAGCAAUGAUGUACAACGACGCAUCGAUAUUAAUGAAAUUUUGGUAAAAUAUACAGAACCCAAAUUUCACGAUGCAAUAUUACAGAUGGUAGGUGACUAUUGUGGGAAGCCAGUGACAAAUUAUACAGACGGUUUUCAACCGUUCAAGUGGAGCUUCUAUCAUGCAUUUUUCUUCUCAUUCACCGUUUGCUCCACAGUUGGUUAUGGAAACAUCAGUCCGUCGACUACGAUGUCACGCAUGUUCAUGAUACUAUAUGGUCUGAUCGGAAUUCCGAUGAACGGAUUUUUAUUCGCGUAUUUGGGUGACUUUUUUGGCAAAGUUUUUGUCACAGCCUAUGAACGAUAUAAAACCUACAAAAUGGCCACGAAUAAAAAUUACAUCCCAAAUCAGCUUGGGUUGAUAGCGCAAAUACUUCUCUAUCUUAUUCCGGGAAUUGUGAUUUUUUUAUUUUUACCAUCGCUAAUAUUCAGAUAUUUUGAAGGAUGGGAUUAUUCGGAAGCCAUUUACUUUUCUUUUGUCACACUUUCAACUAUCGGCUUCGGAGACUACGUCCCAACUUUCAUUUCGGAUCAGGAGGAGAAAUUCGGUUAUAUGUUCUACGUGUACGAAGUGUUUAUCAUUUUUUGGUUCAUCUUUGGUUUAGGAUAUUUAGUAAUGAUUAUGUCGUUUAUUGCAAAGGGCCUGCGCAGUAAAAAAAUAUUGCGGUUGGAGAGUCAACUCGCGGAAAAUAUUCGUUCCACACAGACUCGAAUAUGGAACGGAGUGACAAAGGACGUUAGUUAUCUUAGACGAAUUCUAAACGAAGUUUAUAUGAUGAGAUUCAAGAAUACUUGUCCGGAGGAUGAGGAGCCUGACGAUUACUUACGAUGCAGAAGAACAUCUUCGUGUCCGGACCUAUCAAUUUAUCGUCAAAAUCUACCGACCAGAAAGCGUGCACAGUCAUGUUUCUAUCAUGUUGACGAUGAUCCCGAUUUUUUGACAAAUAUAAGAAAUAUUCAACGCGUUCAAUCUGAUGGUGACAUCCAUAAAGUUGAUCGCAAUCGAACCUCUGACGAGACAAAUGCCCAAAUGCAACCGACCGAAUUAUUGGCUCGCGUAUUUACAGCGCUGGGUAAUAUUAAAGCGGCUGAUGAUGAAGCACAAAGUAUAGCAGCGAUGAGCAAUGCCGGUUUUCAUGGUUUCUCCGAUUCGGAAAUUUUGGCAAGUGAAAAAUUACACGAUUCAAAAUGGUCGAUUCAAUUUUCCGACAGUAGUGUUUCCAUACCUCCGCCAAAAGCCCGCGGCCGAGCCGCGUCCGAUUUUCGUGCUCCUGUGCCGGAUCAAUUGGAGCUAAAUAAUUCACAUGAAUGGACAUGGAGCGGAAAUAAUCAACAAAUCGAAGAGUUUAUGCGUUUGAGAAAAUUAAACAAACGAAAAUCCCCGAAUUUGUAUCGAGCUGCUCUCACAUCGCCGAAAAUCGAUAGUCCGGCAUUUGUUGUAAAUGUUGAUGGUAGUCCCGAAACACCGCCACCACCACCACUGACACGAAGUCGAUCCAGUUCGACGUCGAUAUUUGAUCGAUUAAAUCCAUUUAAAAAACGUGAUGACUCAAGAAAAAUGUCACUCACACCGGAUCGUUUAGAUGUUAAAAGUUACUUAGAUCGUACAUCCCGUGGUCGAAUGAGUGCAUCACCAAUACCAUAUCUAACGCCAUCAGUUAAACGACGUCCCAGCACAUACUCAAUGCUAUCGACAAAUGAUGAGGCAACCGCUGAUGUUUUAGAAAAUACAACAAUUGCCGAUUUGAUUCGUGCCCUUGAGGUCAUGCACACCUCUGCUGUUAUUGGCGAUAAUAGUCAGUCAUUGGAGAAUUUAUUGAACGGUAGUUCACGGCCACGAGUCCAAUCGACAUCAAUGCACAGUACAACCAUUCAUAAUAUACAGCCACAGUCGCCACCACCGCCUCCAUUGAUAAAUAUUUUCCCGCCAUCAACACCAACAUCAUUGCAUGAUCGUCGCAAUUCUAUGCGACCACUAUCUACAUCGAAUACACCACUAUUUAAUCGUUCAAAUCGUCGUCGUCAAUCGACAAUCGAUCUACCAUCGUCGAGACGGUCUUCAAUUUUAAUGCCAACUUCAACGGGGCCGCCACCCUAUAGUUAUUCCACCAAUAAUGAAACACCACGUCCACAUCGUAGAUUCAGUGUUCGGCCCACACUGCUCUCGAUUCCACCGGGCCAAUCGCCCAUGCCAUCAGUUCAAGCAACUUCAUCAUUGCAAAAAAAGCUUUCGACUUUAAGACCAAGCCCACUACUCAACGACCACACAAAUUUAACAGUACGUCCGCAUCGUUUUGGUCGAUCGAUAUCAACGUGUUCUGCUAAUUACUCAGGUUCAGAACUGGAAACGUCUCCAUUGCCAAAUCGUAGUGUAUUUUUGACGACGGUCACCGAAUCACAAUUAAAUGUACCUCAAGUCAGGCCAACCAAUCGUCCAAAAUUUUUAGCAAAUUUAGAACGAAGGAGAUGCGAUUCCAUGAAAUAAACAAGUCAAACUUAAAAUAUUCAUCCAAUACGUUUUUGAUAAAUGUUUGGGUGAACGAAAUGAAUUUCUAUGAACUAAUAUAAUUGUAAAUGAUUCUAUUUUCCUUUUUCAGAAAAAAAAACUUGUAUUAAUUUUUGAAAUGAUUUAAUUACAUUUUAGCAUUUAUUAUUCUUGUUGAUAUAGGUAUUUUAUUGAAAAAAAUAUGUAUAUUCAUUUUCUCGAUAACCCGUGAAAUAUAUUUGGAAUACUUUGUUUCUUUUUUU